CUCGUGCGCUCUUUCCUCCUCACUUCCUCUCUCGAAAUCGCGCCUGUGAAUGGGGCUGGCGGUCUACAGCCCCGAAAGAAAACACUAUGUAAAAGUAUAAAAAUUACACAGAACGCAAACUGUUGAUUUUUCUAAUUAUUAGUUCCGUCAGUCCACGCGUCGGGGGCAACGCUUGCAUUUUGGAAGAGAGCGAAUGGUCAGUGAAGGCACAGAUUAAUCCCGUGCAAGUAAGUAGCAGACAGAUACCAUGCAGAUAAGUGAUGGCCCCAGUUACUUCCCCGUCUUUGUGGCCAAUGGUAACCACCGGUCGCCAGGAUUCGUCCCCGGCAGGGUCGUACCCGUCCACUCCCCACCUCCAACCAAGGCCCCACCCCCUUCCCCCCUGAAGCCCAUUGGCCCACCUCCUGAGCGCCGGGCGACCUUUAGCCUAUCAGAGAAUGGCCACCGCCUAGAGCGUGGUCAGAGUCUGAGGAAGAGGAGGAAUACCUUAAUAUGCUUCGGUGUCUCCCUGGGGGCCUUCUUUCUCUCGAUCAUCCUCAUCCUCAGCCUCAGCAGUGGAGACGUGUUGGAUGGGAACUGUCCAGACCACAGCACCUCCCUGAGCAGCUGGAACCCAGGUCACAACCCAGAGAAGGCCAUGGUCGUUCGGAGGGGAGAUCUGUUUAGAUUAGACUUUUCUGCCACCUUAUACUCCCUAACCAUCCAAUCAGGAGGCCGAGUGGUCUUUGCAGACAAUGCUGAGGGCUCCAAAAACAUCACUCUCAGAACGCGCCAUGUGCUGAUUGAAGACGGGGGUUCGCUGCACAUCGGUGCCCCCAAAUGCCGCUACCGCUCCCAGGCCACAAUCGCCCUGCUGGGCCGUUCAGACGAAAAGGCAGUCCCGGAAGUACCGGAACUGGGCCGGAAGUUCAUCGGGGUGCGUGGUGGUGCAACCCUGGAGAUUCACGGGAUAGAAAAGCUGUCGUGGACCCUCCUGACCCGCAGCAUCUCCUCCUCAGGCCUAGCCACGGGGGGCUAUGCCUUCCAGCGCAACUUUAGCCGUGGCAUCAACCUGCGUGUGGUGGACCAGGACACGGCCGGUGUGCUGUUCAGCGAGCGCUACGACACGCACGAGUCACCCAACGACAGCCGGCGGCUCACGCAGCUGCUCCGGUCGCUGCCUGCAAGGCGCAUCGUCAUGCUGGCCGUGGGAGACUCGGCUGUCAAGAGCCUGCUGGACGAGACCAAGAGAACCAUCCAGAGCCUGCUUGGUAGUACAUACGUCCAUGACCUCAAAUACAGGCAGGCCUGGGCCUUGGUAUCUGUGAUUGGUGGAGGGAACGGCUCGUGUUCAGAAGCCGUGCGGGAACACGAGAACCAUGACACAGGAGGGAAGGCGCUGGCCCGCCAGAACUUCACCACUGUGGACGGGGUCGGCUUCUCUGUCACAGCCUACAGCGAAUGGAAGAACGGUUUUCCCAUAUCUGGGUUCCAGGUUGAUGCUGUGGACCAGGUUGUCCUGAACCUGCAAGAUGAUGUACGCACUUGGCAACCUGGGAACCAGGUUGUGGUUGCCAGUACUGACUACUCCAUGCAUCAGGCAGAGGAGUUCACCCUCCUCCCAUGCCCGCACUGCACCAGCAGACAGGUCAGAGUUCAAGGGAGGCCCCAGUUUGGCCAUGUGGGGGAGAUUGUGGACGGGGUGGACAUGCGGGCGGAGGUAGCAAUGCUCAGCAGGAACAUACUCAUCUAUGGGGAGAUGGAAAACGCCUGCUAUGGAAACAACUGGUGCCAGUUCUUUGGCCACGACACGUACGGCGGACACAUUAAGAUAUUUGGGAAUUUUACCUCGGUGCACCUGUCCCAUGUGGAGCUGAGGAACAUGGGGCAGCAGGAGAAGGGCCGCUACCCGGUCCACUUCCACCGCUGUGGGGACGUGGACCGACGAGGGGGCUACCUGGAACCAACCUACGUGGACGGCCUCUCCAUCCACCACUCCUUCUCCCGCUGCAUUACCAUCCACGCCACCAACGGCCUGCUGGUGAAGGACACUGUAGGCUAUGACACCCUGGGUCACUGUUUCUUCCUGGAGGACGGGAUAGAGCAGAGGAACACGUUCUUCCACAACCUGGGUUUGGUGACCCGUCCGGGAACGCUCCUGCCCACCGAUCGCAAUGAGACCAUGUGCACCAGCAUCCGAGACAAAGUGUACAAGAACUACACCCCUUCACCGAGCAUGGAGUGCAAGGCAGUGUCUACGUUUUGGAUCGCCAACCCCAAUAAUAACCUCAUAAGCAACGCUGCUGCUGGCUCCCAGGAUGCAGGGAUAUGGUAUGUGUUCCACAGCUCAUCCACAGGGGACUCUCAUGGGCUGGUUCCAGAGACCCGGGCAGAGCUGACCCCUCUGGGGAUCUUCUACAACAACCGUGUGCACUCCAACUUUAAGGCUGGGCUCUUCAUUGAUAAAGGUGUGAAGACCACCAACGCCAGUGCUGCAGACCCCCGGGAGUACCUGUGUCUGGACAACAAUGCCAGGUUCCGUCCACAUGAGAAUGCAGACCCAAACUGGCCGCGGGUGGCUGCUCUCAUCGACACACUCAUCGCCUUCAAGAACAAUGACCUCGGAGCCUGGAUACGUGGCGGUGACAUUACCAUUCAGAACUCUGGAUUUGCAGACAAUGGGGUGGGACUCUCCUUUGCGAGUGACGGCAGCUACCCUAAGGAUGAGGGCUCCAGUCAGGAGGUGACCCAGUCUCUGUUUGUGGGAGAGAGCCGGAACCGCGGCUCCAACGGAGGCCAGAACAAGUACUGGGGCCAGGGGGGAGCAGAUCGCAAGAUGCGGACACUACCCAGGAACAGGACAUUCCCGAUCCGUGGCUUCCAGAUCUACGAUGGUCCUGUUCGGCUCACCCAGAGCACUUUCCGAAAUUACGUCCCGACGAUGGAGCGCUUCACCAGCGCGGUGGGCUUCAACCUGAAGAACACCUGGCAGCUCACGCCCCGCAACAACCUGUCCAAGCUCAGCUUCCAGCCCACUGUGGAUCUGAGGGUGUUCUUCGGGCAUCCUGGCCAGUGGUUCGAGGAGAAUGAUCUGGACGGGGAUAAGAACUCCAUCUUCCAUGACGUGGAUGGCUCUGUGACGGGCUACAGGGACGUGUAUGUGGGCAGAGCAGACAACUACCUGAUCCGUCACCCCGACUGUGCCAACAUCACCCAGUGGAACGGGUUGGUCUGCAGUGGCACCUACUCUCAGGUGUAUAUCCAGACCCAGGGAGCUCCCAGCCUCAGUCUGUCCAUCAGUAGAGAUGAGUACCCUGAGGCUCCCCUGGUGCUGAGAGGUAUCAACAGCCAUGGGGCGCUGUCCCAGCAGUACCAGCCUAUCCUCAUGAUGAGCAAGAGCUACACCCUGCACUGGGACGGCCCGGCUCCCAGAGAGAUUGUCCUCUCCCUCAUCAACUUCAACCAAGGUGACUGGGUGCUGGUGGGCCUCUGCUACCCACCUGAUACCACCUUCCAGGUCAUGGCUGACAUCAACGACCGCCAGAGCAACACCUUCGAUGACAUCGCCGACUACGGGCCCUUGUACUCCCUCGCCGAUCUGGAGAAGAAGCCGCUGGAGAGGAAGUACUUCUUUGACCACAGUGUGGGAAUGCUGUGGCUGUAUUUGCGGGCGAGGCAGAGACGCGACGGCCACAGCUACUGCUCGGUUAAGGGCUGCGAGAGGGUGAAAGUGAUGGCCACCACGUCGUCCUCCAAACUGACCUGUAACUGCACGACCAAGGCCUAUCCCAAAUACACCAAGGCCCCCUCGGCAGUGGUACCCAUGCCCACCCUCAGCACCCAACCUUGCAGGGACUGUGGAGCCUCCCAGCUGGUGUUUUCCAGUGACCCGUGGAAUGCCUACCUCCAAACUCAGAUCAAAUCUCUCAGCAGCAAGGAGCAGCAUAGUGGAGACACACAGUCCUUUAUCACUGUGAACAGUGAGACAUUCUCCUUCACACAGCCAGGCUUCUUCCUGGUUUCUGUGGACGCCUGCUCUGGAAAAGUCACAAAGAAGUCAUCUUUCUCCAAAAUGGACUCUAAAAUGGAGCAGUAUUUUAAAACUGGAAUACCAAAGAGGUCAAUAGUGCUUCUGGGAACGCGAGGGCAGCCUGAUGGCUUAGCCGGUGUUGCACCGUAUCUGGUCCCCCUGGGCAUGGCCAAGGCAGCAGAUCUGCAGAGUAAAGAGAGCCUGGUGUUUUGGGGGUUCCAGGGUGGCUCUUUCCCCCCUCCGUGGGCCUCUAUCCUGGCUGGGCAGGGUGAGGAGGGGCUGGGGCUGCAGGAGCGCUACCUCCCCCUGGGCCUGGAGGCCUACGGCUGCACACAGACCAGCACACGCACACGCAAAGACAUGGAGCUACUUAGGACCGCCACAGGACCAUAGUGACCAAUGAGAACACAACUUACCCAAAACACAACCAACCAGCGAAUGAAUGUGAAUUUCUAUUAUUUAUUAUUUUAUUGGCAAAGAUGUUUACUAAUUUUUGUGUGUGUGUGUGUGUGUGUGUGUGUGUGUGUGUGCGCACAUGCCUGCCUGGGUGUGGUGUAGUGGGAUGUGUGUGUGGGGCUUGGGGAGGGUCUGUAGAUGCAUGAAAAAUAUGCACUUUCCUAGUCACAUGAUUUGCAAUAUCAGCCAGUCAUCUCACGGAGCCAUGAAUUCAUAUUCAGCCUUCAAUGAAAACAACCAAAAAGACCCUGCACAUCUGCCAUAUUUCAACAAAUUAGACUGGGAACAGGAAAUCAAUGGGGGGGAAAGCAGAUGAACAAAGUAACCACAUCAAACUGGUGUGGUCGUCACUCCUAUCCAGUUCCCCCUGAUGGGGUUCUGCCUCAGGCCAGUCUUUGACCGGUCUGCUGCUCACCACAUCCAUAGACCAAACGCAUCAUUAAGAAGAGGACUGACAAAGCAAACCAAAGGAAAAACACUCAUUAUUCCACUGUCUGUUUCCUUGCACCCCCCGGGGGGAGUUUUGUUCAGCUACUAGAUCUGUUGAAAUGGGAUUUUACUAAACGAAUCAUCUAAGUGUAUUAGAAUGAAAAUAUUUUGUAUGGGAUUACGUUGAGACUGUUGCAUUUUCAAAAAAACAUAUAUUUUUUUUCAAGGAUGUCUUUUAAAAAAUUUUUUUUUAGAUUUAUUUGAUCUCUAGACAGUGACACUUUCUCCAGGGCUGGCUACGCGUGCAGCAGAGAUGGGUUGUUUCUCUUCUUUUUCUUCUCAUUAUCUCUCCAUUGAAACGGUGUUUCCAACUCAUUUACCUUUUAGUAUGGUUAUGUGCACUCCCCUACGUAUUUAUUUGGAUAGUGAAGCUAAAAUGUUUCAUUUUGGCUCUAUGCUCCAUUUUGGAUUUGAGAUCAAAUGUGUUAUGAGGCGACAGUACAGAAUCAUCUUUUAUUUGAGGGUAUUUUCAUACAUCUGUUAUGAGGUUUAGCUCUUUAUGUGCAAUAUCUAGUGUGUGUGUGUCCCCCCCCCCAUUUGAAGGUGGAUAAGUAUUUGUCCAAAUUCACUUAUAGUGUAUUAAAUUUAGUCGAAAACGUUUAGUAUUUGGUCUCAUAUUCAUACAGUAGCACGCAAUGACUACAUCAAGCUUGUGACAACACACUUGUUGGAUGCGUUUGCAAUUUGUUUUGGUUGUGUUUCGGAUUAUGUUGUGCCCAGUAGAAAUGAAUGGUAAAUAAUGUGUUGUGUCAUUUUGGAGUCACUUUUAUUAUAAAUAUGAGUAGAAGGUUAGCAAUUUUUAGGGGGAUGACAUGUAUGCCUUUAACUUUCUCACUCAUCAUUAUUCACAAUUCAUUCAUGAUUGUCUGUAAUCAUGGUAGCAUCCAAGUGUUGAGAUUAAUAUUAUAUUGUGAAUUACAAUAAACGUGACUCCAAAAUGACAGAAUACAUUAUUUACCAUUCGUUUCUAGUAGGCAAAACAUAAUCCGAAACACAACCAAAACAAACUGCGAAUGCAUCCAACAAGUUUGUAGAGUCGCAGGCUUGAUGUAAACAUUGCAUGCUAGGAAUAUGGGACCAAAUCCCAAAUCAUUGACUACAUGUAAUGCACUAAGUGAAUUGUCCAAAUACUUAUGACACCUUUAAAUGGGGGGACUAGAUACAUAAAGUGCAUUCAUUUCUAAACAGUAAAACCUAUGUAUGAAAAUACCCUCAAAUUAAAGGUGGCAUUCUGUACUGUGGCGUGAUAUAAAACAUGUGAUCUCAAAUCCAAAAUGCUGGAGUAUAAAGACAAAUUUGAAGUUUUACCUUCCCUGUCUAAAUCAAUAUCUAUGGGUUAUGUGUUGUUUAUUAUGUAUCAAUGCCAAAAGUAUGUGUUUUAUAAGAGUCUGAGGGACAUUUACAAGGUAAACAUUGCCUUAUAACGAACGGACUAGUAGUCCAUACCAAAACCAAGGCUUACUGUACCUCUCAGGUCUCUGUGGGUGAUUUGAGCAGGGCUCCCUACUGUGCCAGUGAUUUGUGACUUUCUGAAUGGGAUUGGGAGUAUUCUUUUUAGCUGGUGAGCUAGAUUUCACAAAGAAAUGGUAGAAAAUGUGCAAACUGUGCCUACCCGGUACCCCGGGCAAACUAAAUGAAUGCAGCCAUUGUGAGCGAUUCUCUGUGGAGGAGAAGGACCUGCUUUUUAACCACUGUUCUGUUGUAAAUAUGUUUUUGUUGUUGUGCUCCCCCCCCAAGAUGCACAAUCCAAGAUUGAGCUCUUUUAAUACAAGUAUGUUGGUGGUGUGGAUGAAAAUAUUGAGAGGUUGUCAAUGGAGAGUGCCUUUCAAAUUCAUGUUAGUUGUAUUUGACAUGUUGAUUCACUACUCAUGAGUGUUUCUUCAAUCAAACCUUUUAUAUUUGAAAUUUCACAUCAUUGCUCUUCUGAAAUUGGGGAGUUGAUAACCAUUUGUACUUUGCGAUGGUGUUCUGUCUUCAUUGUUCUUGAUCUUAUUUUAGCUGAUGUAUUCAACAAAAUCAAGGAUGCCUCUUCAAUGACAAAAUGUUAUGCACCAAGGAAUCCGAUUACUGAAAUCUUGGAUUAGCCUAUGAGGUUCGUGGGGCAGCUGUAUAGAGUACACUUAGGUUAAAGAUGGCAAAAAAAGGUUAGGCAGGGAGACUACCAAGAAUAGUGUAUUUCUGUAAAGAUGUGCUGCUUGACAAGCCUACUACUUGGGGGCAGGCUUGUUACAAUUGUUAGGAAGUCCUACAUAUGCCCAUUCCCCCCCCCCCAAACAAAUAGCAUAUGAACAUGUCAUAAGCCAUUGCAAAAUGUGUAGAAUUACAGGAAAUUAGUUUUAAAACUACAGAAUGUUCUCUCAGGCUCAUGGCAAGAUCUACAGAAUACCCGAAAAAUUGGUAGCACUUAACUCCAAGUAAUAAAGCAUUUAUAAUGGAUUAGAAAA